AUGAAUUCUACAACGGGUUCGACGUUCCAGACGAGCUAUGCAGAGGGAGGUACAGUAGGGGUCGGCCCAAAGCAAGCUUCUCAGCUGCGAGACUUGAAGCUAAACGACGGCAAUGAGAUUCCCAUGCUUGGUUAUGGCUUAGGCACAGCUAGGUUCAAGGACGAUGCCAAUGCUCCAUUGGAUAAAGAAUUGAUCAAGACCGUGGUUAUGGCUAUCAAAGCUGGAUUUUACCAUCUUGAUGGUGCUCAAGUCUACAACAACGAGACCGAGAUGGGAGCCGCCAUCAAGGAAUCCGGUGUUCCACGUGAGAAGCUUUACAUCACGACAAAAAUAUCAGGGACAGCGGUUCAAAAUACACAAGAGGCAUUCGAGCUCUCACUGAAAAAGUUGCAAGUUGAUUAUGUUGACCUAUAUCUCAUCCAUGCGCCAUUCUUUGCCAAAACACCAGAAGACCUGCAGCGAAAAUGGGCGGAUCUCGAAGCAAUACAUGCAUCUGGGAAAGCGAAAUCAAUUGGUGUUUCCAAUAUGUUACAACCCGAUCUCGAGGCAAUUUUAAAGACAGCAAAGAUCAUUCCAGCAAUCAAUCAGAUCGAGUAUCAUCCAUAUCUCCAACACGGCAAUCUCGUUGAGUUUCAUUUGAAGAACAACAUCGCCAUCGCUGCUUAUGCGGGAUUAACUGCAAUUACUAAAGUUAAGGGCGGUCCGCUCGACGGCACUUAUGAGAAAUUGGCUCGUAAAUACGGCGUCACCCCUGGAGAAGUUGCGCUGCGGUGGAUUAUUGAUCAAGGAAUGGUGGCUAUUACCACCAGUCAAAGCGAAGAUAGAUUGAGAGCGUACCAGAAAGUUGCACAGUUCAAGUUGACUCCAAAGGAAGUUGAAGAGAUUGCAGAGAUUGGGAAGGAGAAGCACUAUCGAGGAUUCUGGAAAAACAAGUUUGCAGCAGAUGAUAGGUCAUGA